GAACCACCUCCAGCCAACCAGGCAUUCAUUUAUUCAUUCAGUGCCAGCGGAGCUCACUACAACCGAUAGUUUUUAGAUAGUCUUUCUACCGGGUCAUUUCAUGGUUCGCUUCGAGGUCUUCGUUUUUUGCUUCACCUUUACACUCUGGCCGGUCUUUGUGCCUUUUAGCACGGCAGUACAGACGGACGUUAAAGUUCAGGUGAAUGGGUCCCUUCAGCCAAUCAUGGCCGCCCCGGGCGACGACGUCAUCCUGCCGUGCCAGUUAGAGCCCAGAGAGGACGUGCGGGACAAGACGGUGGAGUGGUCCAAGCCCGACCUGAAGCCGGACCCGUCGGACCGGCUGAGCCGCGUCGGCUACGUGCACCUCUACCGGGACAAACAGGAAGUCCCGGACAUGAAGAUCCCGGCGUACGCCCAGAGGACGGCGCUGUUCACGGACGCCCUGAAGGAGGGGAACAUCUCGCUCAAGAUCGUCAACGUGACGCUCGCAGACACGGGCAGAUACCGAUGCUACGUCCCCAAGCUAGACUGCUACUCGAUCGUCGAGCUCGUCGUCGAGCCGAGUUCUGUUGAAACCUGGACGACGGAGACGCCGCUGCAUCCCAAAAUCCUCCAGACUCCAGGUCCAAACGAUGAGUCGGCUGUUAAAGGUGGCCGUCUCUUCCUGGGCGUACCGAUCCUCGGUGUGUUUGGCUGCGUCUUACUGAUCCUGAGUUUUGGAGUCUGUGCACCUUCAGUCAAACUAAAGUAUCGACCCCAAACUGUAAGUCAGGACGACUUGGUCGUUUAAGAGAAAGCACCAGCACUACCUUCACUACUUGGUCUGGGCCAACGUUCAGUCGGGAGAGGACGGCCGCGGUGUUUCACCGGACCUUUAACUGGACCUUUAACUGGACCUUUAACUGGACCUUUAACCGACCCACGAUGGAAGAAAAGGACAACGUGUUUGUCUCUGUAUCGGAGGGCUCUCCUCCACCAGCUGGGGGUAACUGGGAGUGAAAUACACGAUUCACAAACUGGC